UCCAGCAAUGCAGAAUGAUGAUUACUUCACUGCUGGUGUUGCCAUUGCCCUCUCAGUUGUCCACGGGGGACCAGGACCACAGUUCCUUUCACCAAGCCUCUUUAGAGCACUGACGACUAGCCCUGAGGCCACAGUCAUUUCUGUUGAAGAGAUUACAGACCCAGAGCUUUGCAUCAACUUGCAGAGAUUAGCUUCUGGGGAUUAUGAUGCCUUCAACAACAUUGAGACCAUCGUAGAUAUGGCUGGGACAUUUGCAGUUAUCAACGACCCUCAAACAGCCAGGAAGGUUGCCUUAGAUACUGCACACUGGUACUGUCUUGGUCGCAGUCGGUCUGCAUUUGAGAGGUUUGUAUUUCUUGGUAAUAAAAUGUUAUGGAUUACAUUUUAUAAUGCACUGUAACUAACAGGGCUUUUUU